UCAUACGCUCCUUUCACUGUAUCGCCUUGGAGGACAGUAUAGUGACUUAAAAAAUGAAAUGGAAUAAAAUGUCGCGGAUUCUUUCAGACCGAGACGACACUUUAGCGUAAUUUAGUCGAUGGUUAAUUAUUGAGAGGUAUAUCACCCGGAACUGGCGGUGGCAGACGUAUCUUUUGGGUUUUUAUCGGCUAUAUUUCAGGCGACAUCUCUUCAGCACCUUCUACCAACGCUUGACAUCAGCGCAGCAAGAGAAAUGUGUGUGCACCGCUGUCCUUCGUUGCCUUCCUGUUUUUGAGUGUUUUCGGGACUGACGGGGGGGGAAAAAAAAGAUCUUUGAGGCCGCACUGAGAGGCACUUCUUUAUUUUUUAUUUUUUUUACUUGACUGCCACAAAGCAUCAUGGGUAGGAAAAAGAUACAGAUCCAGCGGAUCACAGAUGAAAGAAACAAACAGGUGACGUUCACAAAGCGAAAGUUUGGCUUGAUGAAGAAAGCUUACGAGCUGAGCGUGCUGUGUGACUGCGAAAUUGCUCUGAUCAUCUUCAACCACGCCAACAAGCUGUUUCAGUAUGCCAGCACCGACAUGGACAAGGUCCUGCUCAAGUACACAGAGUACAACGAGCCCCACGAGAGCCGCACCAAUGCAGACAUCAUCGAGACUUUGAGAAAGAAAGGCUUCAAUGGCUGUGACAGUCCAGAGCCUGAUGGCGAAGACUCCAUUGAUCAGAGCCCCCUUAAUGACGACAAGUUCCGUAAGACCACAGAGGACCUGGAUGUUCUCUUCAAACGCUAUGGACAGUCUACAGCUCCACCGCAGACCUUCUCCAUGCCUGUCACCGUGCAGGCGUCCAAUCCCAGCACGCUGCAAUUCAGUAACCCCGGCAACGCGCUGGUAACUACCUCCUACGUAACGUCGUCGUCGCUCACCGACACCCACCUCCUGUCGCCACAGCAACCGGCUCCUCCGAGGAACACUGUGUCUCCUGGGUUGCCGCAGCGACCGGCCAGCGCAGGUGAGGCGACAGACAGACAGAAAGGUGCAGGAAAAAGCGCGCUUCUUGGAGGUGACCUGAAUAAUUCAAAUGGAGGCUGUCCUAGCCCAGUCCCUAACGGCUACACCAGCGCCAGGGCCUCCCCGGGCCUCCUCAGUGUAUCCAACGGCAACAGCCUGGGCAAAGUCGCCCCGGCCAAGUCUCCGCCUCCGCCUCCGAGUCCCCAGAUGGUCAGCAACCGCAAGCCGGACCUUCGAGUCAUCACCUCUCAGGGUGGAAAGAGCCUCAUGCAGAUGACAGAGGAUGAGCUGGAAUUGGUAAACGAGAACACCCAGCGGCUGGCAGCCGGAGCCCAGGUGGCCCAAACCCUCACCACACCUGUGGUGUCGGUGGCCACACCAAGCCUCCUGGCACAGGGGCUGCCCUUCUCCGCCAUGCCCACAGCGUACAACACAGAGUACCAACUGACGAGUGCAGACCUCACUGCGCUACACGCCCUGGCGUCUCCCGGCAGCUUGUUGCCCAGCAGCGUGGCGACAUGGCAACCGCAGCAGGCUGUCUCCCAGCAACCGCAGCAACAGCAGCAAACACAACAGCAGCAGCAACAGCUCAAUCUUGCAUCGCUCAGCAACUUGGUCAUGUGGGGCGUGGACAAACAGAGCAGCGAGCUGUCUAGCCAGGUGUCCAGUCUGGCAGCCAAUCUGAGUCUCGGCUCUCCGUCCAACCUGCUCUUGGGUAGAGAUGAGUGGUUGGGCCGGCCCGUGACACACAUACCUCAAGGCGCCAUGUUGACAGUCAACACCAGCUCCGGCGUGAGCAUCAAGUCGGAGCCCGUGUCGCCCGGCCGAGACCGCAGCACCCCUUGUCCUCCUCCGGCGCCACCUCCUUCCUCCACCACGCCGUCCUCUACCGCCACACUGACCGCACCGCCGCAGUACCCGGGCUCCCUGCUGUGCCUGGAACCCCCGACGGGACGCUCGCCUGCAGACAGCGUGAGCAGCAACGCCAGCUCCUUCGAAGGCAGCGAUCGCGAAGACCCGGUUGGCGGCGGAGGCGGCGGCACCACUAACAUCGUAACUACUGCCGCUACAGGAAAUGUCGGGCCGGGCCGCUCUGACUUCAGCCCCUCGCCGGAGCUCCUCAGGCCAUCCACCGAAGCGGAGCAAGAGGGGGGCAACAUCAAGCGAAUGAGAUUAGACACCUGGGUCACAUAGACGGGCGGGGGGGGACACUCCCCCUCAACAAGGUUUGAACGACACUUAAACACAACACACACUCACCCCAACACAUCACAACACAGCACAGCAUUCUUCUAUUAACAAACACAAAGAGUUGUGUUGGCCCACUUAAAGACUCCAGUGUAUGAUUCAUGUUGGUGGACAUACACACGCUUCUUUCUGCUAAUUCACUUCUUUGCGACGUACACACAAGCUAAUGUUUGUGAGCGUCAUCCACGAGACAAAAGGGUAACGUGUCCCAGUAGCCACUUCCUGUCCUGCUUCCUCCAUCAAGUCCCUCCCAAACUCUACUUUGUUGGAGGCCCAAGUUCUGACUACUGCCACGUUAACAAAUCAGUGGAGUGCCAACAGCGACCUCUCUCUGGCCUCCCGGGAAUGCCAAAUGCCUCUCGCUCACAGUGCACGGACACUGACCACUUGUCACUCUCACGGAAACUAAAACUGUUGUUGUUCUUUAGGCUUUGACACGCCAUUGCCCAGCUCGCCAUCCACUUUUUGUGUGUCUCCAUCUUUUUAUGGACAUGUUGUGUUCUUUUACUAAGUGGUACUUGUUUUCAAGGUGCGUCGUCACUGGUAGGAACUUUGUGUAAAAGCUCCCUUCUAGCUUUGAUGUCCUAGCACGGCAGCAAGCUCUGGGUUUUUUUUCCCGCAGCCCCUCCGCGGUUCCAAAAAGUGAAGCGAAAACAGACAUUUUCUAUAUUUCUACGUCUUCAUUUGGCCACCAUAGCUUUUUGGCUUCACGCGUGUGUAUGUACAUAUGAGUAUAUUUGCAUAGACUUUGCUAGCUAGCCCUAAAAAAACAAACAAACAAAAAAAACAAAGCAAUGUGUCGAUCUGUCCGCCUGAAUUAUUAUAAACGAGCGUGACUUGGAUGUGUGUCACUAGGUGGCGACGCCGUGUUGGUGAAUCUAUUUAGGCCUGCUUGGUUGGUUGUGUUGUUUUGCUACACACUUGAGAACACACACAGCACACAAUCACGCACUUAGACUUUAGCGGGCUGCACAUGUCACAUGUUCAUAUUGACACACAUUUAGCCCUUUUUCUACUUGGAGUCAAGACAUUGGCUGUCUUCUUUGAUGUCAUUUAAGAUGAAUUUGUUCAAUCAUUUCACCUGUGUGUGUGUGUGUGUGUGUGUGUGUGUGUUGACGUUCUAUAGGCAAAUAGCGAUGAUGUCUACUCUCCCCAAACGACACGGUCACGAGACUGUUAGUAAGCCCCGCCCCCUUGGUUGUCGCACACAGAGGUAACCGUGACAAGUAACUUUUUUUGAUAAGUUUUUAGCAGCUAUCUAAACAAACGUAAGCUCAGACUGUUAAUGCAUUACGACACAAUCCGCCUCUCAGCUUUUCCACUUUGUUUGAUGAAGCGAUACGAGACCACGCAUUCCGAAACGCGAUGCCAGAACCCCCGUGCAAAAAGAGGAAAGGGCAGGAUGGAGAUUGCCAACGUUAACCCCCCCGCUACAACACUAUGAUGAUCACGUAACGCUUUAAAAGUCGCCAUGGUGCAAAAUUAGGAUUGGAAAUGUAAAGAGUGAAUAAUUGAGUAAUAAUUGUGGCUAAUCAUUACAUAUUACCAAUACAUAUUUUGUAGGAUUAAAAUGGAGAUAAAUGCUGUACAUUGUAUCACAACAGUAUGACAAAAAUAACAUGCCAUCCCAAACCCGCGAAAAACGUGGAUUUGAGCUCUUUGUCGUCUCACAUUUUUUGCAUUGUAUUGUGAUUAUAUUACCCCCAAAAAAACACUUCAAUGAAAAGCAUGUACACUCUUGUAUAAAAUGUUAAGACCAGUUGAAAAAUAGCAAGAAUUUACAUUUUACAUUCUGAUCUUAAGGAGGUUCUAAGUAGAGCUUCAAAAUGCAAAAAGAAGAAAUGGUGCCUAGCCACACCCAGGCCUGUUCUCGAUCAAGAAAUCACUUAAAUAGGACCUGCCUGACAAAGUCAAGUAGACCAAAACAUUUUCAAAAGCUAGACAUGCCAAGAUCUAAAGAAAGGGAGGAACAAAUGAGAAAGAAAGUAAUUGAGCUCUCAGUGUGGAAAAGUUUAUAAAGCCAUUUCUAAAGCUUUGGGACUCUAGCGAACCACAGUGAGAGCAAUUAACCAGAAAUGGCCAAAACAUGGAACAGUGGUGAUCCUUCCCAGGAGUGGUUGGCCAACCAAAAUUAACCCAGGAGCACAGUGACGACCCCACAACAACAUCCAAAGAACUGCAGGCUACACUUGCCUCAGUUAAGGUCAGUGUUCAUGACUCCACCAUAAAAAAGACACUGAACAAAAACAGCCUGCAUGGCAGAGUUCCAAGACCAAAACCACUGCUGAACAAAAGGAACAUUAAGUCUCAGCUGUUUUGCCAGAAAACAUCUUGAUGAUCCCCAAGGCCUUUGGGAAAAUACUCUGUGGUCUGACGAGACAAAAGUGGAACUUCUUGGAACAUCUUGCGUAAAAGUAACGCCGCAUUUCAGAAAAAGAACAUCGUACCAACAGUCAAAUGUGGUGGUGGUAGUGUGAUGGUCUGGGGCUGUUUUGCUGCUUCAGGACCUGGAAGACUUGCUGUGAUAAAUGGAAGCAUGAUUUGUGCGGUCUACCAAAAAAUCCUGAAAGAGAAUGUCCGGCCAUCUGUUGGUGACCUCAAGCUGAACCCCACUUGACUGCUGCAAUAGAACAAUGAUCCAGAACACACCAGCAAGUCCACCUCUGAAUGGCUGAAGAAAAACAAAAUGAAGACUUUAUAGUGGCCCAGCCAAAACUCCUUACCCGAAUCCUAUUGACAUGCUGUGGUAUGACCUUAAAAAGGCGCUCUUGACAUGCGACUCGAGUGACUUGAAUUCUGGAUUUAUUUCAGUCAGUGACUCAUAAAAACUCGAAAGGAAUGAAGUUUACCCUCUGUGACGCCAUCUUCAUCACCUGGAGCAACAUCCCAUAGCCUCCUGGAGACACUGGCAGCAAGCGUGCCCAAACACGGCUUUCAGGUGAUGCUUGUUCACUUGAAUGCUUGUUUGCAAUAAAGUGCCGUUGUCUCGCUCCCAUUUCUUAUUUUUGCAUUUUGAAACUGUAGAACAUCCAUAAGAUCAAACAGUGCAAAAUGUGUUUCAUCAUCAGGAGUGUAAAGUUCAGGUCGGUCAUUUAAAUUUUUUUUUUUUUGUAUUUAAAAAAUGCGCAAAAUGUUUAGGUACAUGCUUUUUUUUAAAUUUUUGUUAAAUUGUCCAACGCCAUAGUUCAUAUUUUCUAUCAGUGCCAACAACUGACAGCACCCUGAUUGGCUCCCCUCCUGCCCUGUGUGGUCACAUGACAAUCUAAAUAUGUGGACCCCUGGUACUUGUGUAUUUUUUUGCUUUUACAUUGGUUUGUGCUGGUUCAGUGCAGCAGUUUGACGAAUUGAGCGUUUUAACUUUGUGACAAGGUUGCGUAAUUUAGCCAACAUUUUUACUUCCUAACUCAUCCCAUCACCGACGUGAAACAAACUGGUUUCCUUUUGCACGAUGGGACAACGCGGUAUUAGCAAAUGCAAUAAAAGGACGUACCAGUGAUAAUGCUGCAGUUUUCAUCCAGAUAUAGAAUAUAUUUAUAAGAACUAGUAAUUGAUGGAUUUGCUAAAAAAAAAAAAAAAAAAAGACAUGUUCAAAGCAUGGGACAGACACAGGUAAGAAUUAUUUGGAGUCACGCUAACGUUGGCUUUGAAAACAACUCAGAACGAUGUAGCAAAUACAAAUACUAAAGAUGAAAUUUAUAGCUAAUAUAUUGUGUUGAGCUAGUCUGCUAUGGGUUUUGUUGUAAAGAUGUUGUUUUUUUUCUUGAAUGAUAAACAGUUUGUGUAUAUUUUCAUAUACAAAAGUAUGCACUGAUGUUAUUGAAAUUCUAUACCGCUUUUACAGAAAAAAAAGUGUUUGUUGUACCAAAGUAUCCAAGUCCCUUGAAACCUUAUCCUUUUUGCGUAUGUUUUACUGUAUUUUAUAUAUUAAAUGACAAACUGAGUGAAAUUCAGCUUCCUUUUUUCCCUUUCAAUCAAUCAAUUAAUGAAGCUUUAUUCAACUCAUUUAAGCCCCCAAAGAUGAUUUUAAAUACAUUGCAUUUGUACACUUGGUAAACAAAAAAAUAAAUUUGCUUAUAAAUAGAUACGUAUAUUAGCAACAUAAAGUGACAUCUUCAUUCAUGAAUUUCAACCACAUCAAAUGUUUUACAUGAUGUACAGAAUGUAAACUUUUUAUGGCAACUCUUGCAUCCAAUUGCAUGUUGGCUUUUAGCUUUAAGUGGUGAAACGCUUAAAUGUUUAGGCAGAUAUAAACGUACAAAAUGUCGAACGUCCUCAACAGGGAAAGGCACAAAAGCAAUGAUAAGAGUGUCCCACCUCCUAGGGGCGUUAACCCCACCAGCGCUUACUGGGAGGAGAAGGCGUGGUGGGCGGCUCCAUGUCAAAGACGGCCUCCUGACCCACGGACGAGCACACGAAGUAGAGGUUGGCGCCCAGCAUGACGAGCACGGGGAAGAAGGAGAGGCCGAAGCCCAGGCCUCGGAUGCUGCUGCCCAGCGAGAGGCACAGCCAGUAGAUAAGCCUGAGGCCGGGACACACGCAGUCAUGUGAAAAAUACACAACUCUUACAGAUCCUUUUUUGCACACUUUCAGCGGGAAUGGUUGAAAAAACAUGUCCGCCCUCAAGCAAAACGUCUUACUUAGCAACUUAUAGUCCAUAAGUCAUUGGCUAGUUGUCUUAACGGUUACAAAAGGUUGAGGGUACAUGUAUUACAUGUUAAGCUAGCAUGUCUUGCAAAGCAUAACCCAUAGGGGGCGCCACAAAUAAUACGUUUACCUUCCAAAAACAAAGAUGACCGUGAGUAGCGGCACCAGUUUGAGCAUGUCCUGGCUGACAUACGUUGCCAUGACGGCCAGCUGCAGGAAGAAAAAGAGGAAGAGGCCCAGCGACUCGUUGACGUAGUGCCAGUGUAUCGCCACCGUCCUGUUGACCACUUGGCUCUGGAAGCGUGGCUUCACAUCACUGUAGCGCAGCCUGGCCACGCCCUGCACCACUAUGCCUGUAAACACACACACACACACAUCAACGUGAUCAUGUGAUGAGCACCACAACCAAAAGUCUUACCCAGCAUGACGGGGAUGGUGGCAAAGAUGGUGCACCGCAGUGUGUACACCACCCUGAGGGGGGAGCUGGUGAGUAGCGGGGAGUCAAAGGGCAAGAGGGCGUAGCCCCCCCACACCAGGAAGGGGAAGAGGAGGGCCGCCGACGCCGUGGCCAAUGCCAGCUUCAUCUUCUCACUGCACAUGUCCUCACAGCAGCCUGAACACAA